AGAAGAACGUGAGGUAAGCAACGCAAGGCAUUGUGGGUUUUUAGGACACGGAAGCUGCAUAGAGACAGUAGGCAGGCAUCGGAGUUUCUAUUGUUAUACAACAAAAACACGCAGGAAUGGUGAACUCUUGCUGUGUUAUCAACUGCAAUAACCGUUCUCAGGACCGGUAUGGAAAACGCAUUUUAAAUGGAGUGCGAUUUUUCAGCUUCCCAGCUUGGAAGCAACACCUUGGAAAUCAGAUUUCCGACUUAACAAAGAGGCGUCGCAUGGCAUGGGUAUCAGCCAUAAGACGCAAAGACAUCACCUUCGACAACAUUUCCCGACACAUGUUUGUGUGUUCACGGCAUUUUCUCUCAGGCAAACCAGCCUAUGAAAUGCUUGAGUGUCAUCCUGACUGGGUGCCGUCAUUACAUCUCGGGCACACAGAGGUCAAAGCGACGCAUCCAGAGCGGUUUACCCGUAGGUCAAAGAGACAGAAAGCUCUCGCACAGAAGAACGCUGCACCUGCAACAUCACCAGCUCUACCAGACCUGAAAUUGGAGAUAGAUGAAGAUCCACCAUCAGAUGAAGAUCCACCAUCAGAUGAAGAGCCGCCAUCGGAUGAAGAUCCACCAUCAGAUGAAGAUUCACAGAGCUUACAGAUGGAUGAAGCUGCAUCAACAUAUGAACUUGAAGAACAGCAGGAAUGUAGUUUUUGUAGCUGCAGGCGUGCUGAAAUUAACCGCUUACUAGAGGAGAACAGGCUACUGAAGGAAGAGCUCUCCCAAAAGACAAUGUCUGAGGAUUUUUUGGGAGAUGAUGAAGAGAGGGUCAAGUACUACACUGGGCUGCCAUGUUUUGCUGUUCUGAUGGGUGUGCUGACGCAGCUUCUUCCUUGCCUACCACGGACAGGACGCAAUCUUUCGCCUUUUCAGAUGCUCUUUUUAACUCUGAUGCGCCUGAGGCUGAAUCUGCCAAUCCAGCACAUUGCACACCUCUUCAGCAUAGAUCAAAAGACUGUGUCCACCACAUUCAGAGACACCAUAAGUGCAAUGUUUACACACCUCAGCCCUUUGGUGCACUGGCCAGAGAGGCAUUGCUUGAAGGGCAGCAUGUUACAACAGUUUGUAGAAGCUUUUGGCAAUCAUGUUGCAGUAAUCGUGGACUGCUUUGAAAUUAACGCAGAGAGAGCAUCGAAUCAGAGAGCUGUAGCACAGACAUCUUCACAAAAGCACACGCUAAAGUAUCUCAUUGGCAUUACACCACGUGGAGCUAUUGCUUUCGUUUCUAAAGGGUGGGGAGAUGGUGUCAGUGACAAGUAUGUUAUUGAGAGCAGUGGCCUUCUUCAUAAACUGUUGCCUGGAGACUUGGUGUUGGCGGAUCGAGGGUUUGACAUUGGUGAGAAUGUCGGAUUAAUGUGUGCAGAGGUGAAAAAACAAAAGCUGGUUACAAAAGAUGCGGAGGAGACACGGAAGAUAGCUCACCUCAGGGUCCAUUUGAACAGGGUGGUUGGAUGUGUGCGCAGAAAGUACACCAUGCUAAGUGAAGCCGUACCGGUGAGCAUGAUCGCCCCAUGUGAAGACGAGGACAUGAUGUUCCUUGACAAGGUUGUGACUGUGUGCUGUGCCCUGACUAAUAUGUGCCCCAGUGUUAUGAAACUGUAAACCAUGACAUGAACUGUACACAUGACAUAAAACAAACUAAAUGUGAACUGCAUAUUCUUCUUUACUGUUUCACGUUAUAAUAAUAAAUGAUGAAAAAAGAC